ACCACGUUUAUCAUAGCUCGUGACCAUACGUGAACCACAGUGAAAGCAUAGCAUGAAAAACUUUGGUGUUCAGAAAAGCGCAUAAAAUCCAUAUUUAAAAAGAAACCAAAGCGUAAAAUUUAUUACUGCUAGCUCCCGUAGAACUUGUUGCACUAGAAGCAGGUGUUCGCUUUAAUUUCACGGCUGUGCCACAAAAGUUCUACGAUUCCGUGAAGUGGUUGGAUGCACGCACGUGCUCACGCGUCAACAACAGCUCCUUCUCGUAUACGCACGGAAUACCGGAAUCGGAUACAAGCAUGGUAGUCAAGGAGGACAGUACACUCACGGACAGUGCAACAUCAAACCAGAAGAUGAACAACGCCAGCGCUACCGAUAAAUCGUCCAUCAUAUCGCAGGAAAUCAAGUUCGCAAGAGCCCUUGCUGGCAACAAUCCUAAACUACGCCGCAAGGUGUUGAAAAAUCUGAAGACAUGGCUUUCCACACGCAGCCAAAGCACAUUCGUUUUCAGUGAUGUGGACUUUUUGCGUCUUUGGAAGGGUUUGUUUUACUGCAUGUGGAUGUCUGACAAACCGCUGGUGCAGGAAGAGCUGGCCGAAUCGCUUGGCUCUCUUGUUCGCUGCUUUGAUCACGUUGUUCCGGUAGCGAUGCAAUUUUUCAAGGCUUUUCUCAUUACGAUGUGCAACGAAUGGUUCGGAAUCGAUCGCUGGCGGAUGGAUAAGUUCAUGAUGCUAGUCCGUCGGGUAACGCGGCAAGCAAUGUUUGCAUUGCACGAAAGCGGCUGGCAGAAGGAACAUGUAGAGUUGUUUAAGCAAAUCAUCGAUACGACUAUACUGAAUAGCGAUACGGCCUCGUACGGCUUGAUGAACCAUUUCAAUGAUCUAUUUCUGAACGAGCUGGCUAAAGUUUCGGAUGGGAACAUAUCGAAGGAAACGGUAAAACAGAUACUGGAAGUGUUUGUAAUAGCUGUACUUCGGACGGAUGAUGAAACGAUCAGUCGUUCGAUCAGGAAAAACAUAUUCUACGCGUUGAUGCAGCAGUCCGAUGUGGGACAGGAGUUUGAGGAGAAGUUUGAGCUGUGGAAAAGCACUAACUUCGUUGCGGGCAACAUCCACAAUGUAGAGUUCAUGACGGAAGAUGAUGCGGAAGGGGAAGAGAACGGCGAAGAGCAGGACAAUGAACAGCAAGAAGAAACUGCAGAAACAAAAUCAGAAGAAGAAGAAGACCUGGUGGAGAUGGAAGAUGAAGCAAGCGAUGAAGGCGAGGAUACGGAAAAGGUGUAUGAUCCUCGGGCCGGUCGCGUAAGCGUCGAUAUACCUCAGAUUGAAUUUGAUCCGCAGGACUUAAUCGAUUUGAUUGAAAAGUACCGUUACAAAUCGUUCGUACGUACUAAGUGCAAGAAGCUAGCGAUCGAGCUGUUGAAGCAAUUUACCAAGUUGACCAAAGGUGUGUACCCGAUCGGAGUGAAGCACAUGCCAAGCAUCAACCCGCAAAAAUUCGCAGUAGACAUCGACCAGACGGUGGAGGAAUUGGAAACAUUUCGCACACAGCUGGUUGGUGGAAAGAAAAAAAGUUCUAGAGAAUUGAAGACGGAGCGAAAGUUAAAAUAUAGACUAGAACGUGAAAAGAAGCUUGCCAUGGCGCAGGCGAAAGCUGCAAAAGAGGAUGAAAAUAAUGAAACGGUCGAUAGCAGCAACACGGAAAAUGAAUCGAAUACCGUCAUAGAUGCAUCCAGCGCAUCAGAGGAAAGAACGGGCAAGACAAAAAAGAGAAGAAAUCGUGAGGGCAAAAUGGAUCCGGCCACGAUACGUAGAAAUGCGAAACUGGAACUGUUGGCACGCAAGAAGGCAGAAAAGUUGCAGCUUCUGAAGGAACGGCUGAAGAAGAAAAGUAAAUCGGCAGAGUUUGGUGAAACUGACGUUGUCCCAGAAUUGGUACCAAUUGUGGAAGAAAGCACACCAUCGACGGUUCCUGUAAAGGAGAAGCAGAUUUCAGCACCAGGUAGUGAAGAAAAAACGCCUCAAAAGAGCAAAGAGAAAUCUGCUACGAUUAGCAACAAAAAGCAUCGGGUCGAUGAAAAAUCUACCCCGAACAGUAAACCGUUCCAAACGAAGGACGAAUGGUCUGAACCGCUAAAAGAAGGCGAGGAAGAAUAUUUCAUUCCCUCGCGUAAGUCGAAGUUGUCCGCAAAGCAGCAAAAAACACCGACCGCAGUAGCGAAGACGACGAGCCUCAAGCGGACAGCAACCAAUGGGUUGCGCGAUGCGGACGAGGACGAACCAACCACACCGGCAAGAAAGCGGGUUAAGAUUGCACUUAACAAAAACGUUGCCCAGGAUCUGGUGGAACACAUCAAGCAGGUGAAAAGUUCGCCCCAGCUGCCAUUCGAUUCCAGCAAAAAGCCCUCGAAAAGUUUGCUGAAGCCGAACCUCAUACCCAGCCCGAUAAAUCCAUUCUACAAGAAAAAGAUUGGUUUGCAGUAACGAUGCACGCACAUCCACAUCCUUCUGGUUGAUUACCCCAAACUACCCGCGGGUAGCGGAACCCGGCACCAAACUGUUGCCACAGACAGCACACCACAGGAGCAGUGCAGUCUAGGUUUUAAUUGUAGCAUUUGCAGCGUAACAAUGUAAUAAUAUUCUUGUCUAAAUAAAGCCCGAACGGUGCAAAAUGUA